CCCUCGGCGGCCUCUGCCCCCCCCUGCCACCACACCAGCGGGACCUUCACAAGGAUCUUCGGCAGGAGAUGACGAUGGAGCAACACGAGGUUCCCAGCACUGUGACAUGGAGAGGCCGGGAAUCAAACCGCAGCCCUGCAGUCAGGGGAUGGCUCGCUUUACCUCCUGAGGCACAGUGGUCUGUGUCACGUCCCUGUCAGAGGAGCGUUUCAGGAGUCUCUCCCCUCUCUGCGUCCAACAUGGACACGUUUUUCCGUCGUCACUUCAGGAGGAAGGAAGCUGCCCUGCAGGUGGAUGCCGAGGCCACAUCCUGCUGCCAGCGGAGGCCCAGUGUGGCCAUCCCCAGCAGUAAGGUCCGACGCAGGUCUACUGUUGGGUUCCCUUCCUCUACCCUGGUCCAGCGGCGCCGCUCCAGCGUCCAGCUGCAGGAGGGGCCGCCGUGUGCAGGAGGGACAUGUUUGGCGAAGACAUCCAGGCACACUGCUUGGGCAAGGCACACCCGCAGGCGUUCCAGCACCACCACCCCCAGCCUCAAUCCGAGGUUUGCCGUGCGCCAGAAGAAGGUGGGGAAGCUGCGGACCAUUGACACCCACCUACUGGGGCCAUCCAUGCUGCUGGCCAGUCUGAUCCAGAUGACUGAGGAGGAGGAAGAGGGGCCGGGGGUGGGGCUACCCACUGGAGAACAGCAGGUGGAGGUGAGUGGUGGAGCCAACAAUGGGAGAAUGUUUUCACGCUCCAGCAGCCUUCACUCAAAUGGAGAAGAUAACAGCAGCGGCGAUGCCACGGGAAAUGACAGCCAAUCAGAAGGCAGCCAGCUGUCGGAGGCGGAGCCACUGGCUGAGGGGGUGUCAUGCUCCUCCUUGGCCCCUGAUCAGCACCCCUUCUCCUCCUCCUGUUCCUCCUCCACCCAGGAUGUGAUGAAAAACACUCCUCAGCUUCCUUCGUUGUCACGGCCCCUGAUCCGGGCCCUCCGCUGCCUCCGCAGGAACUCCUCUCAGGUGUUCGCAGGAGACGCCGCUCCUUACAGCCGCUAUCGUGCUUCCAGCAAGAGGAGGAGGAUCUCCACCAUCUCCAAAGCUGGAAGCCCCUGGCCAGAAAGAGGCCCCCCGCUGCCCAGCCGCAAGACUUCAGUGUACUACUCCACCCACCCGGCCUUCUACAGGGGCCCUGGACCCCUCAGUCCACUGGGGGCCCACAGCUACGACCACCACCUGAGUACCUUCUUGCUGAAAGCCAUGGCAAAGUCGGGCCUCCAGCACAUGGCGACUCAGCCGAGCGUGUCGACGCCUGGACAGAGCGAUCCGCUGCAGGAGCCCAGCAGCUCGGUGGACUGGAGCGACAACGCCCAGUUCGGGGACCACAUCUGGUUCGAGACCAGUGGCUCUGGAGACUUCUGUUACGUUGGCGAGCAGUACUGCAUGGCCAAGUCUCUGCAAAAGUCAGUGGUGAGGAAGAAGUGUGCUGGCUGUAAGAUAUCGGUCCACACCAUGUGCAUGGAGCAGCUGCAGAAGAUUAACUUCAGGUGCAAGCCGUCCUUCAGGGAGCCAGGAUCUCGAGCCGUUCGAGAGUCCAACAUUGUACGACACCACUGGGUCCACAGGAGGCGUCAGACAGGGAAGUGUCGGCAGUGUGGGAAGGGAUUCCAGCAGAAGUUUUCAUUUCACAGCAAAGAGAUUGUUGCCAUCAGCUGCUCGUGGUGCAAACAGGCGUAUCACAACAAGGUGACGUGCUUCAUGCUGCAACAGAUAGAGGAGUGCUGCUCUCUGGGAGUGCACGCGGCUGUCAUCAUCCCUCCCACCUGGAUCAUCAGGGCCCGCAGACCACAGUCUCUAAAGUCCAGUAAAAAGAAGAAGAGAACGUCGCUGAAAUGCAAGUCGAGCAAGAAGGGAGCUGAGCUCCAAGAUGGCCGCUGGAAGCCCUUCAUGGUGAAGCCUCUGCCCUCUCAGCUCAUGAAGCCUCUGUUGGUGUUUGUCAACCCCAAGAGCGGCGGUAACCAGGGAGCCAGGAUAAUCCAGUCCUUCAUGUGGUACCUGAACCCUCGGCAGGUGUUCGACCUGAUGAAGGGGGGGCCCAGAGAGGGGCUGGAGUUGUACGGCAAAGUGCCCAACCUGCGGAUCCUGGCCUGUGGCGGAGACGGGACGGUGGGAUGGAUCCUGUCGGUGCUGGACCAGCUGAAGCUUCAUCCUCAGCCCCCGGUGGCCAUCCUUCCUCUGGGCACCGGCAAUGACCUGGCCAGGACUCUCAACUGGGGAGGGGGCUACACCGAUGAACCCAUGUCAAAGAUCCUGUCACACAUCGAGGAUGGAAACAUCGUUCAGCUCGACCGAUGGAACCUGAACGUGGAGGCGAACCCCGAUGCCCGGCUGGAGGACGGGGAUGAGCAUCAGACCAACAAGCUUCCUAUUGACGUCUUCAACAACUACUUCAGCCUGGGCUUCGAUGCUCACGUCACACUGGGUUUCCAUGAAUCCAGAGAGGCGAACCCCGAGAAGUUUAACAGCCGCUUCAGGAACAAAAUGUUCUAUGCAGGGACGGCCUUCUCAGAUUUCCUGAGCGGGAGCUCGAAAGACCUUGCCAAGCACAUCAAGGUGGUGUGUGACAGCACAGACCUGACUGCAAAAGUACAGGAGAUGAAGUUGCAGUGUCUGCUCUUCCUCAACAUCCCCAGGUACUGUGCGGGCACCACACCAUGGGGCCAUCCCAGCGAGCAUCAGGACUUUGAACCUCAGCGUCACGACGACGGCUGCAUCGAGGUUAUCGGCUUCACGAUGACUUCUCUGGCCACGCUGCAGGUGGGUGGUCAUGGCGAGCGUCUCCACCAGUGCAGAGAAGUGAUCCUCACCACAUAUAAGCCCAUCCCCAUGCAGGUGGACGGAGAGCCCUGCAAGCUGGCACCGUCCAUCAUCCACAUCACCCUGAGGAACCAGGCCAACAUGGUGCAGAAGACCAAGAGGAGGAUCUGUAUGCCCCCCCUCAACGACCAGCAGCCCGUUCCUGAGAAGCUGCAGAUCAGAGUGAACAGGAUCAGCAUGGCGGCGUACGAGGCUCUGCACUACAACAAGGACCAGCUGAAGGAGGCCUCGACACCGCUCGGAGUGAUCACCGUCCCUGGAGACAGCGACCUGGAGACCUGCCGUCUGCUGAUCGAGCGCCUGCAGGACGACUUAGACCAGGACUGUGACACGACGAAGGGAGGGUGUCCAUCUUCACAGAAACUCUCCAUGAAGUGGUGCUUCCUCGACUGUACGACUGCAGACCGCUUCUACAGGAUCGACCGCGCUCAGGAGCACCUGAACUAUGUUACGGAGAUCUCUCAGGAGGAGCUGUACAUCCUGGACCCGGAGCUAGUCCUCAAGGAGACCGUGGGCACCUCCCCCGGCAUGCCUGACCUGGUGGACUCUGAGGAGCACCAGGACCAAGAGAGAGAGUUCGCGUUGCCUGGCUCCCCGUCCUCCCUCACCUCCUCAGCCACACCCAGGCCGAGAGACUGUCAGAGGAGGCGGAUCUGCAGUGACAGUUCAGUGACUGAUCCUUUAUCCCAGAGCCCUAAGACCGCCCUGUGCAGGAGGGGAGCAAAGAUUCUCAACGUGCAUCGCUCCAACGUGGCCCUGGCUGAUUUCAGACCCGUGAUUAGUGCUACCUCACACAACCCGGAAGAAGAAGCAGAGUUGAUCGACUGCAUCAAAUCCGCAGACAUGAACAGACUGAUGGAGUUCCACCAGCAGGGGGCAGAUGUGCUGCUGCAGGACGCAGCCGGCCGCACGCUGCUGCAUCACGCCGUGCAGGCCCGCAGCAAGGACAUGGUCAAGUACCUCAUCGCUAACGUGCCCACAUCUCACCUGGACAUAACAGAGAAGGCAACAGGAGAGACGGCGCUCCAUAAAGCUGCCACCUCGGGUCAGCGGAGCAUCUGUCACUAUCUGGUGGAGGCCGGGGCGUCGCUGACCAAGACAGACCUGCAGGGUGACACUCCCAAGCAGCACGCAGAGAAGGCCGACCAUCAGGACCUGGCUGAGUACCUGGAGAACCGCCAACACUACCAGAUGAUCCAGAGAGAAGACCAGGAGACGACAGUCUGACCUCCAGGCUGUCUGUGCACAUCUGUCUGUCCUUAGGUCUUUAAUUCACCUCCUCCUUUGUCCCUGUGACAUCUGGAGCCCAGGGUCCAGGGAAAAAUUGGCUAAUUUAAUGUAUGCGACCACCCGUUAGCUAGUGCUGUGUCUUCUCUACUGUAAGAAGCAGGACAACGGUGAUUUAUCACUUCAUCUUUCACUGACCACUGGGUUUUGCUGAGGACUAGAAAUCCUCUGUCCUAUGGUGAAGUCCAUCCAAACAUUCAAACAUCUGCACACUCCAGUGAAUUCAGACAUUCCCAUCUCCUACAAACAUUGGCGCUGUGACGUCUGUGUACAGGAAGUGAAACAGCCGCACAGCGACUGCAGCUUUCCCCACUUCACAUGGAACAGCAGCAGAAGACCUCCUGGUUGGAUGUCCUUGUUAAGUGUCUGGAUCUUUCCCUUAGGCAGCAGUAAAUCUAGUUAUUUAUGACUAAUGUGUAGAGAUAACACAGUCUGCUUUGAUUCCAGCCAUCGUUGGACUGUUUUGUCUGUCGUGCAGCUGUAAAGCAGAGGGACCUUGUGCUGUGAUGUGUGUCCUGUGUGCAGAGCUGAGACCUCGUAGACUCAUCAGUGUUGAAACCAGUUUGUGCCAAAACAGCCACGUGUGUGUUUUUAAUUAGUGACAUAAUGCUGUAAAGUAACGGAUAAAUAACUGUUCUGUUUGGGUUUUAUCAGAUUUGAGUGACCUGCAAUAAAUCAUGUCAGUAACAGUC